CUCCUUUUAAAAAUUCGCACGGAUUCGGGACUCCUGUUUGGACAGGGUCCUCUUCAGAUAUCAGUCUCCCUGUUCUAUUUCCCCAUCCUCACCAGUAUAGUGUCCAGCCAGACAUUUUGGACCCUCUUGGCUUAAGAUUCCAUUGUCCAUAUCAGUCCACUCAGUGUCCACUCACUUAUCCAUAUGGCCUCCAGCAACCCCAAUCAAGCCAGUAUCACCUCCUAACUGGCAGUCAUCACUACCCUGUGUCUGCUUCUUGGUUUACUAAUGAACCCAUUCGCUGCAACAUGAUGCAGGGUGACCCUGUAACAAUGGACUAUCAGCAGUUUCAAGAAGGACUACCUGAAGACACACCUCACAUCAAACAGCCUGUCGCGUGUGAUGUCAGUGGAGAUGGACAGGUGGGGCUGGUUGAUCCCUUUGAGCCAGAACUUGUGGAAAAACACAGAAAUGACGAACUUAAUCAAGGAAAAGAUUUCAGUGUUUUAGGGUCUCCCGACCAGACACCUUGUCCCCUGUAUGAGUCCAUAGUUGACACAUCCAACAUACAGCCACAAACCCCACCUCCAAGAACUGUUGGGACAUGGAGCAGGAAACCCUGCCACUGCACCAGAUCUCAGUGCCUCAAAUUGUACUGUGAAUGUUUUGCCAGCGGAGCAAUGUGCAUCAACUGUGACUGCUCUAAUUGCCACAAUAAUUCAGAGCACCAAAUCAAGCGUCACAAGGCAAUCAAGUCAUGUUUAGGUCGUAACCCUGAUGCCUUCAGGCCUAAAAUAGCUGGUGGGAAGUCAGGAGUGGUCAGAGGGCGGCAUAACAAGGGCUGCAAUUGUAAACGCUCCGGCUGCCUUAAGAACUACUGCGAGUGCUACGAGGCCAACAUCAUGUGUACCUCCAGCUGUAAAUGUGUUGGCUGCAGGAACUAUGACGAAGGCUCCCAAAUGAGCCUUAAAUGGAAGACUGCCAGCGUGGGGGACAAGCGGCCAGAGUUCACCUCUUCAGUGGUGGAGGCAGUGUGUGGCUGUCUGCUGACUCAGGCUGAGAGGGAAGCCCAGAGCCUCACCCAGGCUGAGCACAGGGUCCUAGAGGAGUUUGGACACUGUCUCUCACAGAUUGUCAAGACCGCGUUCAAGUGAAAUACUCACUGAGCAACAGACACGUGCACACGUGUGCUUCUGGUGAACUUCAGUGGAGGAGAAGUUUGGAGAGCCACGGUGUCAUCAGUGUAUUAUAUUGCAUUGUGAAAGUUUUAUUGGUCAGUGGAAAUCUUGUGAUGUUUUUAUUGCUUAUGCAGAAACUCAAAUGAGCUGAGUUCAGAGGUCUGUCAUUGUUCACAUACUGUUGUUUUCUGUCUAUGAUUUCUUUACAGACAGUGUAUUCAUUUUAAACUGACAAGAAGUAAGCAUUCAAUGACACAGUUUUUUCCCGUUGUUGUUGUUACCAUUGUUAUGUUCAUGUUUUUAAAACGUAUGUAUUACGGUGUAUAUAUAUACAUAUAUACAUAUAUGUAUUAUUUUUAGAGUUACCUUGAUAUAAAUGUUAAACACGUUUAAUAUUUAGAAAUAAAAGGACUAUUUAUGAUACAAUACUAAUA